AUGGCUUCAGCAGGCGGCCGCCGAUGGCAGAGUUUCGUGCAGGAGCUGGUGAUGGUUGCUGGCACGUCGGCUUCGGCAUACUUCCUUAUUCGUUACCUCCUAUCGCGCCUCGAUUUCGACCCGGAGAGCCAGAAGAAGGAGGAACAACGGCAGAAGUCAGCAGCCAUCUUGCGCCGAUUAGACGGUGCCGAGGAAACAGAUGACGAAGCGCCCCGAGGGGGGAGUGCGAAGCGAAGCCGCCGACAACGAAGAGGCGAGCUGACGCUGAACCAAUACGAACAAGCCGUUGCGAUGGAUGUGGUUGCGCCAGAAGAUAUUAAUGUGUCGUUCGAAGAUAUCGGAGGUCUCGACCAUAUUAUUGAGGAGUUGAAAGAGUCCGUGAUCUAUCCGUUGACGAUGCCUCAUCUUUACGCCUCCACAUCAUCCCUCCUGACCGCACCAUCCGGUGUUCUCCUGUAUGGGCCGCCUGGUUGCGGAAAGACCAUGCUUGCUAAGGCGCUGGCGUCUGAGAGUGGCGCGUGCUUCAUUAACCUGCACAUUUCUACAUUGACGGAGAAGUGGUAUGGUGAUUCAAAUAAGCUGGUCAAUGCGGUCUUCUCUCUUGCACGCAAGCUUCAGCCCACCAUUGUGUUUAUUGAUGAAAUUGACGCAGUCCUGGGAACUCGGAGGAGCGGCGAGCACGAGGCGAGUGGGAUGGUGAAGGCGGAAUUCAUGACGCACUGGGACGGUCUCACCUCCGCCAACUCAACUGGUGAGCCGCAGCGAAUUGUUGUUUUGGGAGCCACCAACCGGAUCCAGGAUAUCGAUGAGGCCAUUUUGCGGCGUAUGCCCAAGAAAUUCCCUGUCACUCUUCCUCCUGCCCAGCAGCGACUUCGGAUUCUGAGCUUAAUCCUCAAGGAUACUAAGGUCGAUCGGGACCACUUCGACCUCCACUAUCUGGUUAAGACUAUGGCCGGCAUGUCCGGCAGCGAUAUCAAAGAGGCCUGCCGAGAUGCCGCCAUGGCUCCGGUGCGCGAAUUGAUCCGACAGAAGAAGUCGGACGGUAUGCAGAUGACUGCUGUCGACCCUCAUGAAGUCCGUGGCCUUCGCACCGAGGACUUCUUUUCCCGCGCCGGUGGUGUGAAGGUUAUGCCACAACCUCUUCAGGUGCCCACCACUCCAACCGGAAAGGUUGUCGAGAAAGAAGAUGGAGACUGGAGCACCGAGGAUGAGGCAGCCUCGGAGUCUGAGGCCCGUCCCUCUGAGAUGGCUGAGCCCCCAGAGUGA